AUGUCGAAAGCAGUCGCCGGCCAUGAUGUCUCUGCCAGGGACGUCGCCAACGUUUCUGAGAUCUCCCACCUAGUCGCACAAGACAAGACGCCAUGGUACAGGAAGAAGAACCUUCGACGUCUCUAUCUGUGUCUUGUUCCAGCCGCGCUCGGAGUGGAAGCCACAAGUGGGUUCGAUGGGAGCGUGCUCAAUGGGCUUCAGGCUGUCGAGCCUUGGGAAAAGUACUUUAACAACCCUAACGGCGCCCUCUUGGGUGUGAUUACCGCAGCUUUCUCUAUUGGCGCCGUGGCGGCGGUACCACUCGUCCCUUAUGUCAAUGACCGCUUUGGGCGCAAGCCUUGUAUCGUGUUCGGUAGUGUGAUCAUUGUCAUCGGCGCAGUCCUGCAGGCUGCAGCAGUUGACAUUGCCAUGUUCCUGGUGGCCAGAAUUAUCCUCGGAAUGGGAAUUGUAUACGCAAUCAGCGGAGCAUCCCAGCUCAUCGCCGAGCUGACAUAUCCCAAAGAACGCUCGGUGAUCACGGGUCUUUUCAACGAAAGCUGGUACGCUGGAGCGAUAUUGGCCGCUGGCAUCACGUUGGGAACAUAUUCCUGGGACAGUAACUGGAGCUGGCGAUUGCCCUCACUGUUGCAACUCUUGCCUUCGUCGUUGCAACUCACAUUCAUCUGGUUCAUCCCGGAGUCUCCCCGUUUCUUGAUUUCCAAGGACCGCCAUGAAGAAGCUCUAGAGAUUUUGAUCAAGUACCACGCGGAAGGUGAUCGGUCAAGUCCAUUGGUCGCAGCAGAAUUCCAGCAGAUCCGCGAGACUAUCCGCUUGGAAAUCGAGAGCACCAAGAGGCCGUGGAAAGAGCUUGUGACAUCCAGUGUCAACCGACGGCGAGUGUUUAUUGCAGCUUGUGUCGGCCUAUUCUCGCAGUGGUCAGGCAACGGCCUCGUCAGCUACUACCUGAGCAAAGUCCUGGCCACGGUUGGAAUCACCAAAAAGAGGACUCAGAAUGAGAUCAAUCUCGGCCUUUCCUGCUGGAACUUGGUCACUGGCGUCACCGGUGCUCUGCUUGCUCACAUCCUUCCCCGGAGACGCCAGUACUUGAUUUCGUACAGCGGCAUGACAGUGCUCUUUGCGUGCUGGACUGCGGCUUCUGCGGUGUACGCAAAGGAUCACACCAACCACCACGCUGCAAUCGCUGUCGUCGCACUGAUCUUCAUCUACUACGGCUUCUACAACCUCAUGAUGCCACUCACCUACAUCUUCAUCUGCGAAAUCUUCCCGUUUAUCCAUCGGAGCAAGGGCGUGGCAAUUACGCAGUUCUUCUCCCGUGGCGGCAGCUCCUUCAACCAAUUCGUCAACCCCAUAGGGCUCCAGGACAUCACAUGGAAAUAUUACAUCGUGUACGUGGUGUGGCUCGCCGUGGAAACCAGUGUGAUUUUCUUCGUCUAUCCUGAGACACGGGGCCCGUCGCUCGAAGAAGUUGCUGUGAUCAUGGAGGGAGACAAGGCCAAAGUCGAGGUCAUUGAGGUCGGAGCAUCGACGGCGAAGGGUGGAGUGGGCGUGCAAGAGGUUGAGAAAGCCUGA